CCCAGAUUCCCAUCCCUCACUCCUGUGAAGACACUGCAGCCUCAAACUCAGGAGUGGGGGGGGUUGGAAGCUCACUCCUUUUCGCAGAAUUUACGUGCUGUUGCAAUAUGUCCUCCUUGAGAAAGGCUCUUUGUCUCGGAGUCUACUUGUCCGCUUGGAUGAUGACGGCAGCAGAUGGCGACGCGCCCAAGGCGGAGAACGUGCGAUGGCUCUCUCUGGAUUUCAAAACGCUCCUCCUGUGGUCCGCGACGCCAUCCAACUACACCUUCACCGUCGGGUACUCUUGGGACGACAGCGACUGGAUGCGAAGUCCCAACUGCAUCCAAAUAGCCGAGACCGAGUGUGAUCUGUCCAAAGAACUUGAACCCCUGCGCAGGACAUUUAUUGCUGACAUCCAAACAGAACCUGACGAGACGACCCACUAUGACGUGGAAGACUUACCUCACACUUACUCGCCGCCCUUCAACCCUUAUGGACAGAGUGAGAUCAGUGCUGCAAAUUUCACAGUGGAAGUGGUGGAAGACGGCAAAGUGAGCUUGACCAUCCAAGAUCCCCUCACCAGUUUCCAUAAAUAUGGAAAGCAACUCAGCAUCAGAGACAUUUUCAAGAGUGACCUCCAGUACAAGAUCAGCUAUUACAAGUCCGGAAAUACUGGAAAGAGAGACAUCAUAUUUGCGUCCAAUAGAGGAGAAGUAUCUGGGUUGGAUGGAGGUCAGAGUUACUGCUUCAUGGUGGCCGCUUUCAUCCCGUCGAGAGCCAAAGCGUACCAGCAAGGAGCCUGGAGCAUCCAGCAGUGCACUCCCGGGCACAAGAACGUCUUUCAAGAUCUGAGUUUCGGAGCCUUGGUCGGCGGCCUUUUCAUCCUGGCCAUCGUCCUCGUCGUCAUCGUCGCCGUGACGGUUGUAUGCUGCAGACGCAGAGCGAGAAGCUCCCGCAUGUAUCAGUCAUCGUCGGCGGUGUGAUUGCUUCGUCGCUGGCGAAUGCGCGCCAGAUUUCACCACCGUGUAAAUUUGUUUGAUAUUUUCAUCAAUGCCCAUUUUAGUGGAUUGAGCAACAAAGCUCAAUUUUUUUUUUUUGUACAGAAAAGAGAAUUCCCAAAAGAGACUGAAACGGAUCGUAUGCGGAGGGAAUUUGGGGGGGGUGUAUUAAACACCGUGUAGUCCAUA